AUGACAAAAUGUGUCAAAAUCCAAGUUGUGUUCUCUGAAUUUCAAAAGUGUGAACUUGGCUGUGUCUGGUGAAAAGACCUACUCUAGCAUAGCAAAGAUCUAAAAGUAGCUGAAUAUAUUUUAUUCCAAUUGCCCUUGUUCCAAGUUAAAGCCAUAACAGAGAUGAUACUCCCUAGGAUUCUCAUUCUUGUUUUCCUUUUCUCAUCAUGUGUCUCUUUUCCUCUAAUUCAAGACAAACUGAAUAGUUACACAAAACAGAAGCAUUUGCACACAAUAUCAAGAAUUUCAUUACCACCUGAUCCUGCACCUGAGGCGGUUAGCCCAAGUUACAAUGUGGAUUCUGCUAGUAAUAUAACUACUUUCAAUGUACAAUCUUUUGGUGCCAUUGGGGAUGGUGUCACUGAUGACACACAGGCAUUCAAAAUGGCCUGGGACACUGCUUGCCAAGCUGAAAAAUCAGGAAUUCUUCUUGUUCCUGAGGGUUAUUCCUUCAUGAUACAAUCUACAAUAUUCACAGGCCCUUGCAAAUCCGGCAUCACGUUUCAGAUUGAUGGGACUAUUAUGCCACCGGAUGGACCCGAUUCAUGGCCACUAACAAGUAGUAAGAAACAAUGGCUGGUUUUCUAUAGAAUCAAUGGAAUGUCAUUGCAAGGGGGUGGUGUCAUAGAUGGCAGAGGAGAGAAAUGGUGGAAUCUUCCAUGCAAACCACACAAAGCACCUAAUGGGAAAACACUGCCUAGUGUUUGUGAUAGCCCAGUUGCCAUAAGAUUCUUCAUGAGUUCCAAUUUGACAGUCCAAGGACUUGAAGUUAAGAACAGCCCCAAAUUUCAUUUACGGUUUGACGUUUGUCAAGACGUCGAUAUAGAGUUGCUCAACAUAAACUCACCUGCUCAAAGUCCCAACACCGAUGGAAUUCACAUCGAGAACACAAAAAAUGUCAAAAUAUAUAAUUCAGUUAUAUCCAAUGGUGAUGACUGUGUAUCAAUUGGAGCUGGUUGUUAUAAUGUAGAUAUAAGGAACAUAACUUGCGGUCCAAGUCAUGGAAUAAGUAUUGGCAGCCUAGGCCUUCGAAACUCCCGGGCAUGUGUUUCUAACAUCACAGUGAGUGAUUCGGUCAUCAGGCAUUCAGAUAAUGGUGUUAGGAUCAAAACUUGGCAGGGUGGAUUAGGUUCUGUAUCUAAAGUGACAUUCCAUAACAUAUACAUGGACACCGUCCGAAACCCAAUUAUCAUAGACCAAUACUACUGCCUCACCAAGAAUUGUCCCAACCAAACCUCUGCAGUUUCCAUUUCUGAUAUCUUGUACUCAAACAUAAAAGGCACAUAUGAUGUAAGAAGCCCUCCAAUGCGUUUUGCUUGCAGUGACUCUUUCCCAUGCACAAACCUCACACUUUCUGAAGUGGAACUACUUCCUAUCAAAGCACAAGUUGUGUCAAACCCAUUUUGCUGGAAUGCUUAUGGGACUAUGCAGACACUUACUAUUCCACCAGUUUUCUGCUUGUUGGAGGGAAUGCCACAACCAAUGCAACAGAGUGAUUCUGCUGGGUGUUAAACAACUUGGACUGGUUAGACAAAUAUGCGGAGUAAAUUAGGUAUAUGUCAAAAGGUAAAAAAGGUAAAAUACC